AUGGCGUCUGCGCUUCGUGAGUCGCUCGAGGAUGUCGACGUCGAUGGCUCGUUCGGCAACGGGAAAAUCGGAGGACGGUACAGGAGAGGAUGGUCGCUGUCGUUUGAGCAUACUGCCUUGUCAGGACACGGGCGGUGGAAAAUGGGAGCUCGCAAGCAUAUCAAAAUGUCGGACAUGGACAUCCUUGCGGCAAUGGGCAUAUCUGGCUUUGGCAAGAAGCCAAAGCAGAGGCAGCUAGACCCACGCCGAUUUGACAAGAACAAACGCGAGGACCAGACUUUUGCACCUUCUACAGAGGUCAAGGAGGAGCCUGAUGCUUCUUCAUCCAAGGCUCUUUCUCAGACCUUCCUUCAUCAGGAGGAGCCCGAGUUUGACCCAGACGACAUCGGUCCCCCUCCGCCACCACACGCUGCAAACACUGACACACAUGAGGAAGGAGAGCCUGAGUUCGACCCCUCUGACGAAGAGGACUCAGGCCUGCCAGACUUCCCGAUAACGCAUGAGCUGAUUCUCAAGGACCAUACAAAAGUUGUCUCGGCGCUCACCCUCGACCCGUCGGGGGCCCGGGUCCUAUCGGGCUCUCAUGACUACGAUUGUGUAAGCCAUUCAAGACAUGGGAGCCCGCGAGUACUUACUACGUACGUCCUUUUUCCAAAUUCGCAGGCCAUUCACGACCUCAAGUACUCCAAUGAUGGGCAACAGUUCCUCGUCAUCUCUGGUACCCUGCAAGCAAAAUUAUACGACCGAGAUGGUGAAGAGCUAAUACAGCGUGAGCCUUCUGCACAACGUGUCUUGACGCAAGUUGACUAUUCAACAAUCAGGAUCUGGGACCUUGAAAACAAGCGGAAACAGAAGACCGCCAUUGUAGUCAAGUCUAAGGAACGCGCUUGCUUGGACGGCACACUUCACAUGUGGCAGACCAAAUCAAAUUUUGUCCGGCCGAGUAUGACGGUCGAAGGUGCUUUCGUCAAGAACACCGAGCCUGGAUCACUGGUGUUUUCUAUCGAUGGACGUACAGUUCUCACCCGAGGCGGGGACGACACCGUGAAACUUUGGGACCUUCGGGCGUUCAAAAAGCCGCUUGCUGAGCGUACCGGACUUACGACUCUCUACCCAACCACGAAUGCGAUCUUCAGCCCGGACGAUAAAUAUGUCGUCACAGGAAGUGCCGCUACGGCAAAAGGAGGCAAGGGGCGACUCAUGAUCCUACGGAAGGACAAUCUCGAGUCGGUGAAGGAGCUCGAAGUGGAUACAACUCCAGUGAAAGUUGCCUGGCAUUCGAAAAUCAACCAGUCAUCUAUCAACGGUGCCAAGCUUCCGCUCAACAAGGGCCCUCCCAGGAAGGCCACCAUCGAAGACAUGUCAGACGCUGUCUCCGCUCCCACUAUCCUCACGCCGCAUGCACUGCCAAUGUUCCGGGAUGGUGAUGGCAUCGCCCGAGGGGGCAAACGAAAGAGGGAGAAAGAUCGCUUGGAUCCCCGCAAAAGCCGAAGGCCCGAGCUACCCGUCACUGGACCAGGUCGUGGGGGACGUGUGGGUGCGAGCGCAACGCAACACGUUGUGCAAAAUCUGGUGCGAGACACGACGAGAGACGAAGACCCGCGCGAAGCGCUGCUCAAGCUUGCAGAUGCCGACCAAGACCCUGUGUGGACAGCGGCGCGUAUAAAGACUCUAGCCCAACUUCGGAUCUCCUGUUCCCCCAAAUCCACCCCUGCCCCUCUGCCCUCCCGUCACUCCCCCGUGACUGUCACGCGUCGCCUCCCCCCAACCAUGUCCGACGCGUCCCCCCCGCCCGGCAUCAACGGCCACCACGUCUCCGACUCCCCUGCCGUCGACUCCCCCGCCACCCCCGUCGACAACACCACGUCCCCCGAUAUCAAGAUUGAUGUCGACUACGCCGCUACAGAGUCCGACGCGCGCCACGAGCUCGUCACGGUCAAAAUGGACACGUCCGAGGACGCGUCUCUGCAGCCGCAGGUGGGCACUCCAACGGAUCCAGCCACCAUCCCCAUUGCGCCUCCGAAGGGUACCCCUCCGCCUUCAACCGGUCAACUCCUCGAGGACGUCCGGAUGGCCGAAGAAGCGCUACCUACAGAGGACAGCGACGUGCACAUGGCAGACAUUGACACUGACACGAAGCCCUCGGCUCUUAAUGGACUCUCUAACGGGCACACCGUCGAGGCCACUGCACCCACUUCUUUACCCGCUGUAUCGUCGAUUGAGACUGCUGUCGCCUCAACAGCUCCUGGUUCUCCGUACCCUAAUAAUACAACUAGUGAUCACGAUGAUGAUAAACCUCCACCCGCUAAGAGAGCACGGAAGUAUUCGGACGCAGAGAGAGCUUCGCUUGCCAAUACCGGCACUUCCCCUCCAGCGUCGUCGCCUGAGCCAUUGUCUACUGUCCGUCUGCCUACGCCGACAGCACGUGCAGGGGAUCCAACUCUUACAACGGCACAGUGGCGGUUUUCAACGUCAACGAUACGCACUUUGAAGAAGAUGAAAGACACUGGUCCUUUUCUGCAUCCAGUUGAUCCAGUAGCCUUGAACAUUCCUCAUUAUCCUUCCAUUGUCAAGAAUCCAAUGGAUUUCACGACCAUCGAGCGAAAAAUGGCGUCGUCGAAUCCGAUUAAACGGGACUCCAACAACGCUAACCCUCGCUACAACCAUGUCGACGAAUUCAUCGCAGACGUAAGGCUUAUCUUCACCAACUGUGUCCUCUUCAAUGGCCCAGAUCAUCCCAUCACGGCUAUGGGGAAGCGCGUCGAGGCUGUUUUUGACAAACAGAUCAAGCAACUGCCUGCUGCAGAAGAGCCGAAGGUACUUCCGAAGAAAGUUGCGACCCCUCCGCCUCCACCGCCUCAGCCAAAGCGGCAACCUGCACGGCGACCGUCUGUUGCUGUCCCUGUCAUUCGCCGGAUCGAGGAGCCUGUUCAGGGUGGUCGGCCAAAGCGCGAGAUACACCCUCCUCCUCCCAAAGAUCUUCCCUAUGAAGCCCCCAAGAAGCCGCGCAAGGCCAAGAUGCCCAAGAAUGAUGCUUAUGUUGACCAGUUCAAGCAUUGCGAGAAAAUUCUCAAGGAGCUACAUAAGAAGAGUUUAUACAACCUUGCGCACCCAUUCUACGAGCCAGUCGAUUGGGUCAAGAUGGAGAUCCCACAGUACCCAAAAAUUAUCAAGAAGCCAAUGGACCUUUCGACAAUCAGGCGGAAACUCGCCGACGGCGAGUAUACCACCCCGGACAAGUUCCGGGAAGACUUCAAGCUGAUGGUUCGCAAUUGCCUCACGUUCAACCCGCCAAAGAACCCUGUUCAUGAGUCGGGGAAGGAGCUGGAUAGAGUCUUCGAUGAAAAAUGGCUCCACCUUCCGCCGCUGCAUUCACAGGAUCCAUCUGACGAGGAGGAUGAUUAUGACGAAGAUGACAGUGAGGAGGAUCGUCUACCAGGCAUGAUUGCGAACAUGGAGAAUCAAAUUCUGCACAUGAAGAACAAUCUGGAUGUAUUGAAACGAAAGGCAAAACCGGAGAAGGAGAAGAGGAAGAAGGAGAAGAAGGUCGCGCAGCCUGUUGCUAGUACCUCCAAGGCCCUUCCAAAGCAGCCCAAGGCGACGCCAGCGGCGAACGGCCGGAAGAAGACUAAGAAGCCUAUAACCGACGACGAUGUUCUCACUUUCGAACAGAAGAAAGAUCUCAGCGACACGAUCGGAAAGCUGGAUGGCGCGAAGCUUGAGAAAGUCAUUCAGAUUAUACAUGAGGGCGUGCCUGAGAUUCGAGACAGCACGGAAGAGAUCGAGCUUGAGAUCGACCAACUACCUGCGACUGUGCUCACCAAGCUGUACAACUUCGUCAUUCGACCUAUUCGGGCGAACCAGACGAAGCGGCCUCGAACAGGCAAGGGUACAGGUACAGGAGGGCUUAAGCGGAAGAGCAUGGACGAGGACGUUGAGGCGGCAAAGAUCCGCGCACUGGAGGAGAGGAUGAAACUCUUCGAGGGGCGUGGGUCGGCCGGCGCGGCCAGCGACGCUCAACCAGCCGACGACAGCGAACAUUCCUCGGCAGAAUCAAGCGACGAGAGUUCUGCAAGCGAUUCAGAGUGAUCAGGUUGCGGCUCCUUGGCCUGCUCCUUCCAGUUGCUGUUUUCCGUUCUCGGUCUGAUUCUUGUCAUCUCUGUCUUCGUUUCGACAUUCUGCAGCGUCUUACAUACAAUUGUCUAUCAUCACUCAGCGUACAUACAAAAUUAUGAUCCGCACUGUAGCUAGUUAGUACUAUUAUUCACUAUACAUCUUGUUUCGCGCCCAUAGACCGGUGUAGUUGUGCUAAUACGAUCAUUGUUCGAACGGGAAU